UAAAUUUGCUUCAAAGGUACAGGACUGUAGGCACUGCAGGGUUUGUAGAUGUAGAAGAGUAUGCAUUUAUCUUCUUCCUCUGCGAUGGCUUCCACUUUGAACUGUAACAAGAUGAUGAAACUUCUGCAUUUACCCAGAAAUUGUGCGAUUUCAGCCAUGAAAAAAGAGUUCCAUUCAGCUCAAUUUCCACUCAGUCCCCAGGGCCCUUCCGAAGUUGAAAUGUGUGGUGAAGCAUUCAUCUCAAAAUUGCUUGACAGAAAGUGGAUGUUGCUUAAGCCAGAUACCAACAUUCACCAAAUAAUGGUCUCUGGCAUGCAAAUACAACAAGGCCAACCACUUGGAAAUGUUUGGUUCUCAAACAACACUAGUCCAUCUUUGGGGGAUAGCAUGAUGGAAAAGAACAAUCCACAACCAUCCUUUUAUGUUGUGAGGGAUGAUUUGUUGCACCCACUAGUGAAUGGUAACAAGGCAAGAAAACUUGACGGAUUGCUUCCUUUUGUCGAAGAUCAUUCAGUGACUGACAUGGUUACAUGUGGAGGUUGCCAAAGUGCGCACACGGCAGCAAUGGCUGUUUCAUGUGCAGAGAGAGGACUGAGGUCACAUUUGCUUCUCAGAGGAGAACAGCCUGAAAUUCCUACUGGCUACAAUCUGAUUUCCAUGCUAUAUGGAAGUGCCAUUUAUGUUCCUAGAUCUCUUUAUGCCAAGAGGGAGGAAAUGCUUGCAAAACAUGCUGAUUUGGUAGCAGGAGGUAGCGGUUCUGUUGUAUGGCUAACUGACAUUUUAGAGGCUUCCUUGACAACUCAAAUUUCUGGGAAACCGAAUUGUGAGCGACUGGAUGUUCAUAGAUAUGCUGAAAGUUUAAAAAGGGUUGUUAUUGUCAAUGAAGGUGCAGGAGAUGCUGUAGGGUUACUAGGUGUCAUCCGUCUUGUGCAGUACUUAUCCCAGAAGCAUGUUUUUGGAAAAGAGCAAGCCUUUAAAAUUGUUGUAGACGCUGGUACAGGGACAACAGCCAUUGGUUUAGGACUUGGAGCCAUAUGUUUAGGGCUUCCAUGGGAGGUGUAUGCAGUGAUGCUAGCUGAAAAUAUUGAUGGGUACAGAAGACAGGAGGAAGAGUUGGUUUCUGAUUUCCAAAGGUGUUGUGGUUUUCCCAUUGUUGAAGCAAAUGGUAGAUUUGUGCACUGGUUAGAACGUAGCCGCCCAAGAAAAUUCGGCAAUGUGUUGACUGGGGAAAUAGAGAUGUGCCAACAAAUUGCGCAGCAAACUGGUGUUCUAGUCGAUCCAAUAUACACGUUAGCCGCUUGGGAAUUAGCAACACAACUUAGCCAGAGUGAGUCAAAAGGCGGUGCAAAAGUGGUGAUGCUUCACACUGGAGGUACAAUGGGCAUGUUUGGGUUAGCACAGAGAUACAAGAAGUACUUUGACACGCUCAAAGGAGCUAUUGUCUGAGAACUUCAAAUUAGACAUUAAAUGGAAAUCCAAAUAUAUUCAAUUUAUCCAGAGGUUUUUUAGCCUAA